AUGAACGAAAAAAGUUACAAGCAGGCACCCCAAGUGCAGUCAGAAACACUAUCGCUGAUAAAGAAGCAAUUUUUUAAAACGAAAAUGUGUCCAUUCCAAAAAAAUAAGAAUUACUGUCUAAAUGAAUCUAAUUGCCAUUACGCUCAUAGCAUUGACGAACUUAAGCCGAUGCCUGACUUAAGGAACACGAAGCUGUGUGAUUAUGUGAAGAAAAAAAUUCCCUGUCGAGAUGCAAACUGUAAGUUCGCUCACGACAUUGACACACUCAAACCGAGUGUCCACUUGGCCACGUACAAAUCAACCAUCUGUAGUUUCUGGGGAAAAGGAAAAUGUUUUAAUGGGAAUAAAUGCAGAUUUGCACACGGAACGGAAGAUAUUAAAACGAAUGAAGAGGUGGAUAUGUUGCAUGGGUCAAAAUGUAACAAGAAAAAUAAGAAUAAAAUGAAGAGCAAUGCCACUGAUCAGAAGCAAGGAACUGCUUCUACCUACUCAUUCGAUACAUGUGAUUAUUCUGUUAAUGGGUCAUCCGAAAAUACAAACAUGUCUUCUUCAUACGACAAAGAUAGGGACACCUUUGUUUGCAAAAGGAACGUAAUAAGAAAUGAAAAAACUAAAAUAAAGAGCAAAAAGAGAACACCCCAUUUGGACAAUGAAGUAACCACAAGGGAUGCAGCUGAUACAGGGGAUACGGCUGAUACAGGGGAUACAGCUGAUACAAGAAACACAACUGAUACAAGGGAUACAGCUGAUACAAGGAACACAACUGAUAGAAAGAGCACAACUGAUACAAGAAACACCUUCGAUAAGGAUACGGUGGAUGGAAACUUCCACCUGCCAGAUAGCACCAACGCAAAUUCCAUUAAAGAUAUCCUAAGCAAAAUUGAGAAUCUAGCCUUGUCUACCUUUAUAGAAAAUAAUGACAAGUACACCAAGGUGAUAAAGUACCUUUUGAACGAAAAUAAUUUCCUGAAGGAGUCCAUUAAGAAGGACCAGGGUGGCAGCCUGGUCGAGAGGGAGUUCCUGGGGGGUUUCAAGCAAGACGACGCGAAGAAGCGAGGCACCAACGAUGGCGGCAUGGAUGGAGGGUUCGCAGAUGAACGAUGCGCAGAUGAGCGGUGCGCAGAUGAGCGGUGCGCAGAUGAACGGUGCGCAGAUGAACGAUGUGCAGAUGAACGAUGUGCAGAUGAACGAUGUGCGGGUGAACGCUUUCACACUCAUCGUUUCGCUACCCAAGGGCUCUUCACCCAACGAUUCUCCAGCCUCAGUAGCAGCGAAACCCAUUUUGGCUACCCCUCCACUGUCGCAGUAGCAGCAGCAUCCAUCAGCCGCAACCUCAACGAGGAAGACGACCUGACCAAGUACGUUCUUCCAGAGGAUACCGCAGAAAAUUACAUAUUCACAAAAGAGAAGGAAAACCAGAAGCAUGCCAUGUCCAACUUUGAUGACGGGAUCAAGGUAGACGACAACCUUAACAGCAUAAUAAAAACCAUAGAUGAUAUUCUAAUUUCGCAAAAUGUAGGAUCCUUCUCCAGCGUGAAAGAUGUGAACGGUCCCCACGAAAUUAGAGAUGCCUUUUCCGUUAACAACAGUGGAGAACUAACGAACAGACAAUAUACAAACUUGAUGAGCAAUGCCAAGUCUUUUGAAACGGAAAGAAGUGUAUACCAUCACAAUGUUAAUUUGAGUAACGUGGCACAUAAUGGAAAACAUAUGGGAAUGGUAAGUGGAGAAGGGCAGGAAGAGGUGCAAAACCAAUCGUUUGAGGAAGGCAUAAUAAAUUAUCUCUCGCAAGGAAGGAAGAGAAGGAAUUGCUAUGAGGAGAAGUUUGGGGGUGAGCAACAGCUAGCCAUUCCGUAUGGCCUCCGCAUCGAAGAAAGCAUCCACAAUAGCGGCAUGCACAACGUGAACAACAGCGCUAGCAACACGGGCAUCACGAACCAGAUGCUCCAUUUAGACGAAUUCACUGCCUCCAAAUUUUUCAACCCAUUUGUUUUUCAAAAUAAUGAAUACAAAAACCAAAAGUUGGAAACACACCAACAGCAGAGGAUGUCACAAAUGCAGCAUGUUAACCAAGACGGAUUUGACAAAAAUGAAGAUAUAGACACGUGGAAAAAUGACAUUGUUCCGUUCAGAAAUGAACAAAUGGCUAGCUGCGUUGGAAAUAACGAGAGGGACGGAGGAUUCAGCGACAUCAGCAAUAUGAGGGGCGUUGGAGGUGAUGACUCGGCGAAUGGUUAUGUCUCUAACGGGUAUGCCACAAACGAGUAUGUUACGAACGGGUAUGUCACAAAGGGGUUUCCCACCGACCCAUUUGCAACCAACGGAUUCGCGCCAAGCCACGCGGGAAAAGCAUUCCCAACGAUGGACCGCUUCGGCCAAAGAGGCUAUGGAAAAGGGGAUAUAUUUCUAGCGUCAAGUUAUGGCCAAAAUUUGAAUAGCGAAAAGGAGACCCUUCCAAAUUUGGUCACCUCAAAAGUGACCACUUCAAACGUAGCCACUACCAACGUGAAUACAUCAAUCCUGAGCACCUCCAAUAUGACAACCCCACAGCAGAUGCAGAAAAAAUCACCGAGUAUGUUCACCAUGCGGAAGGAAAAAAAUGCGAAGCUGAAUUUGCGAGAAGGCUAUGAACUGAACGAAGGCGGGAUCGGCAUGGAAAGAAACUUCGAAUUCAACAGCGACAAGUCAGACUUUCUCAAAAAAAUAAAAUGCUUAAUAUCGAAGGAGUUACAAUAUAACGAAACGAAAAACCCACAGUCGAUCGUAAAAAAUGUGAACCCCAUGAAUUGGUGUAAUGAAAAUAAUUAUCCGUUCAAAAAAAACACCCAGUUGAGUGAACCGUUACAAUCAGCAUCGAAUUACAACACGUACAUUCCAGAUAUACACAACCUCACAUUUCUAUAUAACAAUAAUAUAGAGAGCAAUAACAACAGAUGGUUUGAUGAGGUGAACAGUGGUAACAGCGUCGGUGUCAGGAAUGGAGAGGUGACGGAUGAAAAUGAAUGUGUGCGGCAAAAUAUGGAUUUUUCUACUUAUAAAAAGGAAGGAAAUAAUGAACAGAACGUUUGGAAUACUAAUGAUAACUUGAACGAAUUUGUCUACCCGAUGAUGUCCCACGGGUGGAUGAACGAGCAGAAGAGCGGCGACUUCUUUGGCGUGUCCAAGUCUGUCAAUUUGAGCAGUCUCAACUAA